GUACGCGUACAUCCGGGUUCAUGAUCACAAGCUUGGYGAAAAUGCAACGCUGAUUCUGAGAGACUUCAGGUUGAAAAUGAACACGUGUUUCAGCUUGAUGUACCACAUGUUUGGUCAAGACAUAGAGACGCUAGAAAUACGUCAAGACGGCAGGUUGUUGAUGAGAUUAUCAGGGCCACAGGGGAACAAAUGGAAGCUUGSUAAAGGAAUGCUAAUAAAUGGUACAUCUACAGAGGCGACAUCAACGCUUUCUAUAAGUGGUGCAGCUGGUGUUUAUGAAAAAGGAGAUAUCGCCAUUGACCAGAUUCAACUUCUACCGAAGCAUGAAUGUCAAAAUAUAACAUGCCCUGCGUUGAACAUAACAAAUGCGARUAAGAGUUGUGGAAUUUCAAGACCAGACGAAGUCUGCAAACCUGUUUGUUUGAACGGGUUCAUUCUGAAAAACUCUCCAAUUGAAGGCUUGAAGUGUCUUUCGAUGGGAACCUGGUCACAUGACAAACCAGCAUGCAUAGMAGACAUGGAUUCAAUCGACUGUAAUUUUGAGUAUGGUGAUUGUGGAUGGAUGGCGGAUCCAGCAGUUUGGAAAAGACGCCGAGGAAAGGUAUAUGGGUACGAAACAGGACCAACACGUGACAACACGCCUGAAGGAGGUGGCCGAGGUUACUAUGUGUACGCUGACUCGUUCAAUAGCAGUAAGAAURACAUGCCAGUGUCAGCCACUUUCUCAAGUCCAACAAAACUGAGGGGCUGCUUCAAGUUUGCAUAUUUUAUGUAUGGUACUUCUGUGGGUACAUUGGAGCUUUAUGCAGACAUGAAACUUGUGUUCAGAAAGGAAGGCCAAAACAUAUUGGAUGACGACGACCCAUGGAAAAUUGCCAUGGGGUUUUUAGAGUUUAAGGAGCUUAAGGUAGAAGUAAUAUUUGGUGACAGUAAUGUGGGAAACAUUGCCAUUGAUGACACUAGCUUGWCAGAAUCUGAAAAGUCCUGCGAGUCUAAAGACAUUACUUGUCCUCCUGUUCAUAUACUCGGUGGUAAAACAACUUGUAAAGACAAGCCACUUCCAGUUGGUAGUGUCUGUGAGGUUAAGUGUGAAGAKGGYUUUGUGAUCGACAAAAGUGGUUCACUUUCGUGCUUACCAAUGGGAACUUGGGAUAGAAUCCCUGUUUGCAAUCCAAAAGAUUUGAAAGUUCGUUUAAAGGGAGAAGUGGGAUCUCAAAAGGGUAUCGUUGAAGUUAAUUACAAGAACGAAUGGGGAACCAUAUGCGGCGAUGGGUGGGGAAUCGAAGAAGCUCGAGUUGUGUGUCGAAUGCUUGGACAUGGUCCCCCUUCCAAGGGCCGCAUUGCUCUUCCAGCAAAGUUUCCGCCAUUAACAAUGCCUAUUUGGCUGGACAAUGUCAAAUGCAAUGGAAGAGAAGCAUCAAUUGCAGAGUGUAUGCAUAAUCCAUGGGGGGUACACAACUGCGAUAAACGUCACACUAAUGCUGUUGCCAUUGAAUGCAGUAUUGAUGAUCCAACAACAGCAGGUCCUACAACUUCCUCGAACACUGUUACGUCAGGAUCUUCUCCAAAACAACAAAAGCCAGGGAUGACACUUACAGAGAAAAUUGCAACCGGAGUAGGCUCCGGAGUCCUUAUAUUAAUGUUGGUUGUUAUCACCACACUUUGCUGUAUAAGGAAACGAAACAAGCGUCGAUCAACCGACGGUCAAGAAUUGUGCGUUGAAUAUCAGGCUAAUCCUGUUGUAGAACAGGAACAAGGACCCCCUUCUGACGAGUGGGAGGUUAGCUCCAAAAAUGUUACCUUUAUGGAGAAGCUGGGUCAAGGUGCGUUUGGUGAAGUAUUCAAAGCAAUUCUAAAAGAACCACCGCAAAGACAAGAAACGAUCAUAAUGGCCAAACUUAUGGGAACACCGCAACAGAUCAAAAAGAACAGGCAUCAACAAAUAGUUGCUAUUAAAACUCUACACGAAAUGGCAGAUCAAAGUGAAAAGGCGGAAUUUGUAAAAGAAAUCAACCUAAUGAAGAAACUCGGCAGCCAUCAAAAUAUUGUCAACUUUCUCUACUGCUGCACCACUAGUGAACCUAACUUUCUUGUCGUGGAGUAUUUACCAAACGGAGACUUGUUAAACUACCUACGAACUCAUCGACACAAGAUCAGCGGUUUUAAAGGAAAAGAGCUCGCACCAGCCUACCUGCAUACGAAGACAGUUAUCAACAAACAAGUAAUCGACGAGCCACGAUAUGCUAUUAAUCCUGGCCUUGACACUUCCCCGGUAGAAAAGAAUGCACCGGUCUCUCUUGAAAUUGAAAAGGACGAUGUUUUGACACCUAAAGAUCUGAUGUCUUUUUCGUAUCAAAUUGCUUCAGGAAUGGAAUAUCUAUCAAAAAAGGGAUUCGUUCAUCGUGAUUUAGCUUGUCGGAAUGUACUUGUUGCUGACAACAAACAAGUAAAAGUAUCAGACUUUGGAUUAACACGUGACUUGUAUGAAGAGAGCGCCUACCACGCUCGUGCACARCGGAGGCUACCAAUAAAAUGGAUGUCACCUGAGGCUAUCUACGAUCAAGUUUUCACUACUGAAAGUGAUGUGUGGGCUUACGGCGUUGUCUUAUGGGAAAUCUCAACGCUAGGUGGUGCUCCGUAUCCUUCGAUGUUCACUCGUGACCUGGUUCGAGAGAUCCGUAAUGGAUAUCGUAUGGAGCAACCAGACAUGUGCUCAGAUGAAAUAUAUAAGAUAAUGAGAAAGUGCUGGGAGGAAAUACCAACCGGUCGGCCAACGUUCAGUGAAAUUGUAAGGAACUUUGAAGAACUUUUGCUUGAGGACAAUCCAUAUUURGACUUUAGCAGCAUCGAUCAUGAUAAAGACUAUUMUUUGGUGCCCUCGUUUGACAGUGCGCAAAGUGAACACUCGGCUUCGAAACUACCAGAAAUUGUAGCUUAAAACACCUGGUUUUUAUAUUGGAUGUCAUAUUCUGACCCAGUGGUAAUUUCUAUCUCUUCCAUGUUCAUAGAGAAAYUUCUACUUCAUACUUUUCCUUAUUUCUUAGAAAGAUUUGAGUAAUCUAAGGCCUCCAUAUCAAAACGUCUACCAAAAGAGACUUUUAAAAUGGACUACCCUUGGUCCAGGAGUUCUCUGUAAUCACAAUUUAUAAAGAAUUCUCUAUUACACACCUCUAACUACUAGAAUUAGACCUUGAAGGAAGGAUCAAUUGCUGUACAGCGUUUAGGGUAAAAGUUACGUUUGUAUCCCAACGAAAGUCGAUGCUCGUUACAGGUUGUACGGCCGCGCUCAACCGACAUAAAAAGGCUGCUUGUCUUCUGCAAUAGGAAGACCUAUCAGAAGACUAAAAAAAACAUAAAAUUAUCUAAUGUAAAAGAUCUACAAGAAGUUGAACACUAGACUAAACCUUUUUUAUGUAGCAAAUAAUUUUUAGCAAUUUUUUGGUUGAUUUGUGGGUAGUUUAUAUGUCUUGAUGAGCUUCAGGCGCACUUUCACUUGAUCCUCUCAGAGGUCAUAAUGUCGAGUGUGGGUGUGUUCAGCCAAAGUUAUUCGAGCUAAUAUAAGCAGGAAUUUAAAUGGUUCUCUAAGAUAUUAAAUCAAAAACUAUAUCGCACAAUGACAUGUCAGAUUUCUUUAUUGCAUACUAUAGUUGUACCUAUAUGUGGGAUGAAAUUGAACGUAUCCCCCGCAGCUUCGUGCAUUACGCAUUAUUUUCCAAGGUUGUAGUUGCAAGGAGAGGAGGUUCUAGGGUUGCCAACCCCAUGAUAGGAUGCCAUGCGCACACCGUGUAAAGAACUAUUUAAUGACAUUGCGCAUGGCUACCAUAAACUCUACCAUCUACUUCCGUCACGUUGCCGUCAGAAGUAUAUCCUAAGAUCUGGAUACAGAGACUUAGAGACAGGUUCAUCAUCGUCUGAUUACAUGUAAUAUGUCUUUAAUAUUCUUCAUAUUUUAUUGUACUUAUUUAUUCAGUCGUUUGACUGCCUAGUCUUCUUUAGUAAUAAACGGGAUAUCUAUGUAUCCUAUCAAAUGCU